UACAGAGUAACUGAGAUCUUCCUCAACCUUCCCUCAAAAAAAUAAUUAGAUCUUCUUCAACCUAUCUUCUUCAACCUAAUUUCAGUUUUCUGGCGGAAAAACUUUGAUACAAUCAGCAAGUUUGGUUGGGAAACGUGAAUAUUAGAUUGAAAUCUCGUUUCCCAUUCGUUUCAGGGAUGAAUUCAGUUUCAAACACGUCUCCAUUUUUCUGAAACAGUUUCGGCGCGCGUUUCCCUGUUUCCCCGUUCCAGGACGUUUCGGAAACGAAAUCAUGAAUAUCAAAGGAAGAAUGAGUGGUACUGAUUUGAUUGAAAAUCAGUUGGACGCGGAGGUAAUUGAAAAUGUCCAACCUGUGAAAGACAAGAAGAAAAAAAGGAAAAAGAAGGAUGAUAAAGAACUUGGGAAGAGUAUCCGUAGUGCGUCAAUGGACAACAGUGAGAAAUGUAGGGGUAAAGGCAGUAAAAAGAGGAAGGAAAAAUCUCAGGGGUGUGAUACUGAAGGAGAUGCAAAUGCUGGUUUAUUUGAGAACAAUGAGAGGAAUGAAACUACUGAACCUUCUGAAAAUACCAAGAGCCACAAGAAAGCAAAAAAAGUCAAGUUUUCUGAAAAUGUGGAAGUUUUCCCCCUUCCUGAUGUGUCAAGCAAGGGGAAGAAGAAAAAGGUUGUAGACAAAAGUGAGAAGAAGAAAAAGGUUGCAGAUAGAAGUGAGAAGAAGAAAAAGGUUGCAGAUAGAAGUGAGGAGAAGAAAAAGGUAGAAGAUGGAAGUGAGGAGAAGACAAAUGUCGAUAAUGGGUUAAUACAAGGUAAGCGAUUCUCCAAAGAGGAAGAUGAAAUCAUCCAAAAUGCUGUAUAUCAGUUCAUAGAAGACCGCCAACUGGGGGAAGAGGGUGUAGAAAUGCUCAUGAAUUCUAAGUCGCACCGAGAAUUGAGAGGCUGUUGGAAAGAAAUUGGGGAAUGUUUGCCUUGCAGACCUUAUGUGGCCGUCUACUACCGGGCUCAUAUACUUUUUCAACGAAGUGAGGAUCGUAAAUGGACUGAAGAAGAGGUUGAACACGUCAAGAAAUUCCAUGAAAAGCACGGUCCAGAUUGGAAAAGAUGCAGUGUUGAACUUGGUAAACAUCGAUUUCAUGUGAAAGAUGUAUGGCGGAGGAUAAAGUUGCCCAAUAGAAAGAACGGAAACUGGUCCCAAGAUGAGUACCAGAAUUUAUUUAAUCUUGUUAACAUGGAUUUGAGCAUGAAAGCAUUUACAGAAAAGAAAUCAAAGCACGGUAUGCUACGAGAUAACAUAUGUUGGGAGGCAAUUAGUGAACAGCUCACAACUCGAAGUAAUGCUCUUUGUUGCAUGAAAUGGUACGAUUCGUUAACAUCUCCCAUGGUAGCUGAAGGAAAGUGGGCCAAUGUUGAUGAUUAUAGGAUGUUGAUUGCACUUGUUGAUCUUGAUGAAGCUUGUGAAGACGAUGUGGAUUGGGAUAAUCUUCUAGAACAUAGGUCUGGUGAUGUUUGCCGUAAGCGUUGGAAUCAAAUGGUACGCCAUAUUGGUGAGUAUGGUACCAAAACAUUCAUCGAGCAAGUUGAAGUUCUUUCCCAGAGGUAUUGCCCAACUUUGUUAGAAGCAAGAGAAUCUUUUGACAACAGACCUGCUGUUGAUUGAACCUGUUUCUGCGUUGCUAUCAGUAAUGAAUUUUGUGAAAAUUAUGUAAUUUGCUGGUGUCCCGUCUGAGAAAUUCAAGAGAUCAUUGUACACUCACACAUGAUAGUCGUUCAUUAUUUAGAACCCUUGUCUGUUUUUGGAAUUUGAUGCUGAUAAUUUAUGAACUGGACUCGUUGGGUAUCA